AUGACGCAUUUGUUGAAGAAGCCACAUGUUAAUAGAUCAUUCAUCAUUAACCAUGCAUCUUCUACUUCCUAUAUAUGGAAGAAAGAUGUUUGUCACAACAAUAGCAACUUGUUCUUGAAAUCUUCUCCACCUAAAAAGGUUUGUUUGAGGAGGAGUUUGUCUCAUCCCAAGUUCUUGAGAGUUGUGAUGGCAACAAGUAAAACUCAUAAUGUGAAAGCCAUAGUGAGUGUGAAACAAAGUGUUGGUGGUGUUAUUAAGAAUCUUGUUAGUGGUAUUGUUGGGAACAAUCACUUGGUGUUGGAGCUUGUCAGUGCUGACCUUAAUCCAAAUGCGAACUCGGAGAAAAAGACGAUAAAAGGAAAAGCACACGAGACUGAGAAAAAAGAGAAUGAUGCAGAAUAUGAAGCAACUUUUGUGGUACCAGCAGAUUUUGGAAAUGUUGGUGCUGUUUUGGUUGAAAAUGAACACGGCAGUGAGAUAUUUCUAAAGAAUAUAGUCCUUGAUGGUUUCCCUGAUGGUCCGGUUCACCUUUCGUGUCAAUCAUGGGUUCAACCAAAGCAUGAUUCUCCUACUAAGAGAGUUUUCUUCACUAACAAGAUGUAUUUGCCAUCACAAACACCAAGUGGAUUAAGAAAGCUGAGAGAAAAUGAGCUGAAAGAAUUAAGAGGGAAUGGUGAAGGUGAAAGAAAAAGCUCAGACAGAAUCUAUGAUUAUGAUGUGUACAAUGAUCUUGGUGAUCCUGAUAUCAACAGUAAACUCAAAAGGCCUGUUCUUGGUGGCAACAAACAGUAUCCAUAUCCUAGACGCUGUCGUACCGGUCGAAAGCAUUCCAAUACAGAUCCAUCAUAUGAAAAGAGAGAUUUGAAUUUCUAUGUUCCUCGCGACGAGGCAUUUGCUGACAUAAAGAAGAUACAAUUCAACGCAACUACAGUUUCGUCAGGAGUAAAAACAGUUUUGGAAUCUUUAGAUACAAUUUUCACUGAUAUAGAUCUUGGAUUUGAUAGUUUUGAAGACAUAGACACACUUUUCAAAGAUGGAUUUCAGUUACCUACAUCUCUUGAUUCCAAUAACUUAAACUUGCUCCAAAAAGUCAUUCCUAGGUUUCUUAAGGCUGCAAAUGAUAGCCAAAAGGUUUUGCGCUUCGAUACACCAGAAGCACUUAAAAGAGACAAAUUCUUUUGGCUAUCAGACGAGGAAUUUGCAAGGGAGACAUUGGCAGGGGCCAAUCCAUAUAGCAUCCAAUUAGUCAAGGAAUGGCCUAUAAGAAGUAAAUUAGAUUCCCAAAUUUACGGUCCACCAGAAUCAGCAAUCACUAGAGAAGUCAUUGAGUCGCAGAUAAUUGGUUAUACCACACUUGAAGAGGCCAUUCGAGAGAAGAAAAUGUUCAUGCUAGACUACCAUGAUUUAUAUAUACCAUAUGUAAGCAAAGUGAGGGAAUUGGAGAAUACUACACUGUAUGGAUCAAGAACAUUGUUCUUCCUCACCAAACAAGGCACAUUAAAGCCACUUGUUAUUGAGCUUACUAGACCGAUCAUCGGUGACAAACCUCAAUGGAAACAAAUUUUCACACCUGCUUCUGAUUCGACAAAUCUUUGGCUUUGGCGGCUUGCAAAAGCUCAUGUUCUUGCUCAUGAUACUGGUUACCAUGAACUUAUAAGCCACUGGUUAAGGACUCAUUGUGUUGUAGAACCCUUUGUCAUUGCAACAAAUAGACAGCUUAGCAUCAUGCAUCCAAUCUACAAGUUACUACAUCCACAUCUCAGAUAUACUUUGGAGAUAAAUGCACUCGGUCGUGAGAUUCUUAUUAAUGCUUACGGAGUCAUUGAAGACUCAUUCUUUACUAAAAAGUAUUCAAUGGAAUUAUCGGCUGUGGCAUAUGAUAAGCUUUGGCAGUUUGAUUUGCAGGGACUACCAAAUGAUCUUAUUUAUAGAGGAAUGGCUGUGGAAGACCCUAAUGCACAACAUGGAGUAAAGCUAGCAAUUGAAGACUACCCUUUUGCGAAUGACGGUCUUCUCAUAUGGGAUGCUAUAAAACAAUGGGUCACAGAAUAUGUCAAUCAUCACUAUCCAAGUCCAAGCAUCAUAGAAUCUGAUCAAGAGCUUCAAGCAUGGUGGACAGAAAUUCGAACAAAGGGUCACGGAGACAAAUCAGAAGAACCAUGGUGGCCAAAACUCAAAACACAGAAAGACCUUAUUGAUAUCAUUACCACCAUAGCUUGGGUAGCAUCUGCUCAUCAUUCAGCUACAAACUUUGCACAAUAUGCUUACGGAGGCUAUUUUCCUAACAGACCAACGGUCGCUAGAAACAAAAUGCCAACAGAAGACCCUACAAAGGAAGAAUGGGAAAAAUUCAUCAACAAACCCGAGCAAACACUUUUGGAGUGUCUUCCAUCGCAAAUCCAAGCGACUUUGGUGAUGACCAUUUUGAACUUAUUAUCAUAUCAUUCACCAGAUGAAGAGUACUUGGGAGAACUCAUUGAGCCAUCAUGGGCUGAGAAUCCAACUAUAAAGGUAGCAUUUGAAAGGUUCAAUGGAAGAUUGAAGGAAAUUGAAGGUAUAAUAGACACAAGAAAUGCUGAUAGUAACUUGAAAAAUAGGAAUGGAGCUGGAAUAAUGCCUUACGAGCUAAUGAAACCAUUUUCAGGACCUGGAGUUACUGGAAAGGGGGUUCCAUAUAGCAUAUCUAUUUAA